UAUAGAAACUUUCAUCCAUUCACACAAUUACGGAACUGCGGCUUGGCCCCUGCGCCCUGCUUCCGUUGCGCAGUUGUAUCACAGAGUCAAUCCAUCAUCUUGCGUUACAAAGUCAAACAAAAUCACGAUCAUAGAACUAGUAUAUCUAUCAAAAUCACCCCACAGUUCGAGAACACCUUUUACGGGGACGUUUUUGUCUUGUGUAAGGUUGAAUCAGGUCCUGGUAUUUAAGAUUUUGGCCGUGUAAACGAUCUAUCCAUUUGGUGGAAUCCGUGGAUCAUAACAGCAAGAUGCGGAUCCUGGUAGCGAUCGCCGUGGUGACUGUGUUUUCUUGUGUGACUGCUGAUAGUUAUGGCGGGGGAUAUGGCGGAGGAUAUGGGGGUGGAUAUGGGGGAGGAUACGGUGGAAUGUACCCUGCCAUGAGUGGAUACGGAUACAGUGGAUAUGGAGGAUAUAGUGGAUACGGCAGUGGUGGUGGUGGUGGAUAUAGUGGAUAUGGCUCCGGUGGAAAAGGUGGAAGUAGGGGAGCGCUCUACAUUCCCUAUAGUUACCCCAAUCCCAUCCCCUACCCUUUCCCCGUGGGUGGUGGUGGAUAUGGGGGAGCUGCUGCUGCUGCCGCUCUCCCAUCUUUACCUAACCCUGUCCCCCUUACCUUAGGGACUAGCAUCAAUCAACAAAGAAAUCAAAACCAGAACGGCCUUCUUGCUGCUAUCUUGGGAGCUGCUCUUUUAUACUGGCUUUGGAGCCAGAACAAUAACACCACCACUGGAUAAAAUGGGAGUAAGAGUACUUCUGUCCUCAGUCACAAUUGUUCAUCACGCAAACUUAAAUUGGUCGCCCGUAGUAUGUUUCUUAUUGUAUCGUUUUGCAUUUGCUAUUAAAA